UGGUGUGUUAUGCUAUGAAUUAGUGUUUGUGGAGAUUAAUUUUAUUGUUAUGAUAUGUAAAUGUCAUAUAAUAUUGAAAUAAUUGAACUUAAUUGAAAUAAAACAUUUCUAUUCAUUUGUAUUUUCCAAACACAGAGAAAAUUUAUUUAACAUUAUUUAAAAAUUAUGCAUUUAGUAGCUAAAUAAUUAUAUUUGUCUUCUAUUUUCUAGACGGAUAAAGCCUCAGUGCUUGGUGAUGCAACAAAGUACCUGAAACAACUCCAAGAACGAGUGAAGACACUUGAGGAACAAGCAGCCAAGAAAACUAUGGAGUCAACCAUUUUUGUGAAGAAAUCCCAGAUAUGCAUUGACGAUGAAUCAUCUUCGAGCGAUGAGAACUUUGACAGCGAAUCUAACCAACCAUUGCCAGAGAUCGAAGCAAGAGUCUCCGACAAAGAUGUUCUUAUCAGAAUCCAUUGCGAAAAGAACAAAGCGCACUUGGUAAAUAUACUAGCUGAAAUCGAAAAGCUCCACCUCAGUGUGGUUAAUAGCAAUGUCUUUGCAUUCGGAAACUCUACUCUUCACAUUACCAUUGUUGCCAAGAUGGAGGCUGAAUUCUCCAUGACAGUGAAAGAUCUUGCGAAAAGCCUCCGAUUGUCUUUGCUGCCACCCAUAUGAUAUAUACACGUGUGUAUAUAAAUAUAUAUCAUCAGAAAGGAGACACAAAAGAGCAAUCUAUCGUGAAGAUUUGUCUGAUGAAGAAUACCUAGGAAUAAAAUCUUUAUGACUCGUGUUUUCUCAGUCGGGCUUUUUUUUCUUGUUUCAAGGUUGUUUGUUCUUCUCCCGGAAAAUUGCUAAGAAGAAGAAGAAACAAAGCCUGAGCCUCUUGUCGCUGCGAGAUUAGUUUUUUUUUUUUUUUCCCCCUUCUUUUUUUGGUUUCCUUUGUUUGCGUGGUUGACCUGUUGACCACGUUCUAAAUACGCACGUGUUGAAAUUAGAAACCACGCAGCCGAUUCCUUCUAGGGUUUUUGAGAGGUUCUGACGUUGUUCGGGGAGUUGGAACAUAUACAUUCAUAUUAUGCGUAAACGAUGUCGUUUUAUGUUUCCUUCAAUAAUUUUUUUCCCCUUGGUUACAUGGAGGAAUGCUUUUUUUUU